AUGGGAAUCUUAAGCUACAAGACUUUGCUCACGGCAGCAACCUGCCUCAGCUCCGCUUUGGCCUUGACCAUCAGCGAAGACACCAUCGAGAACUCGCCCGCCAACUUGGCCAUUGGCGAGCUCAACAUCAACGAGGGCGUCUACUACUCCAUCGUCAACAACGCCCUUACCGUUCUCGGCGGCAACUUGAACAACAAGGGCCAGUGGUUUGUCACCUCCACCAACGGCUUGGCCUCCUCUGUGACCAUUGCCUCGGGAACCAUCUUGAACGACGGCGACAUUGUCUUCAACGCCUUGAACGCACAGGUGGUGACCAACUUCAACUUGGACUCUGUGGGAACGUUCGAAAACACCCAGAACAUGUGGAUCGGCACGCCAGUGUUCUCGGUGACUCCCCCCAUCAUCCUCGGCUCCGCUUUGGACUGGUCCAACUCGGGCAAAAUCUACCUCCGUCAGGACAGAGGUAACGCCUCGCCCAUCACCAUCUCGCAGGCGCUAGGCCAGGUGGAGAACACGGGAACCAUCUGUAUUGAGCGUUUGAACUGGGUUCAGACCACCAGUAUCGAGGGUAACGGAUGUAUCAACAUCAUGGACGACGGCCACCUCCAGCUUGAAAUCACGCCUUGGAACGUCGACAACGAGCAGACCAUCUACCUUUCGUCCGAGCUGUCCAUGUUGUCUGUGCUUGGCUUGGAGCCCUCGCUCACUGGAACCAAGACAUACACUGUUGCUGGUUUUGGCGGCGGCAACGAGAUCAGAGUCAACACGGGCUUCACGGGCUACUCGUACGAGGGCGACACUUUGGAGCUUUCCUUCUUCCUUGGUGUGUUCAGAAUGGCCUUCAAGAUCGGCGAGGGCUACGACGAGUCCAACUUCUCCACCAACGGUGUGGGCAACGCAGGAACCCGUAUUUCGUACUCUGGCGACUACCCUGGCGAUGUUCCCAACAACUGCCAGUGUGAAGAGUUCCCUGCUGCUCCUACCGAGGAGGAGUCCUCCAGCCUGGCUCCAUCGUCGAGCUCUGAGAGCAGCUCUGCACCCCCAAGUUCUUCGGAGACCUCUUCUGAGGAGACUUCGACUUCGGAGACUUCUUCUGAGCCUGCUUCUUCCGAGCCUGCUUCCUCCGAGCCUGCCUCCUCGCCAGAGCCUGAGCCUUCUUCUGAACCAGAGCCCUCACCAUCUCCAUCACCAUCUCCAUCGCCAUCUCCAUCUCCAGAACCUUCCAGCUCUGCUCCUCCUGAGGAAACCACCUCGGACGCUCCCCCUGCUGAAAGCUCGGACGCCCCUCCAAGCUCCGAUGCCCCAGAACCACCCUUCACAACCUACACCUCCACUUGGCCCACCAGCGGAGACCAGACCGACUCCGGUGUGAUUAUCGUCACUACCGACUCCCAGGGCUCCGUCACCACCACCACGUCGCUCUUCCCGCCCGAAGAAACCCCCGAGUCCCCCACCUUCACCACCUACACUUCGACCUGGCCUACCAGCGAUGGUGAGCAGACCGACUCUGGCGUGAUCAUCGUGACCACCGACUCGGACGGCGAGUUGUCCACCACCACUUCUCUCUUCCCUCCAGCCGAGACCCCAGAGGACCCCGGCACCACUAGCACCGUCGUGACCACCUACCCAGACGGCAACGUCAAGACCAAGACGGUGGUGGUGUGCGACUCCACCAAGGACGACGGCCAGGUGACGCAGAUUGUGUCUGUGUGUCCUGAGACCACGGCGCUUGUGACGGAGGACAAGAACGGUGAGGUCAAGACGGUGACUGCUGUGAUCCACGAGACCACCGUGGAGGGCGGUCCACAAGAGGUGACCUCCAUUUUGCAGCCAGGCGAGGAGCCCAAGCCCGAGCAGCCUGAGCAGCCUAAGGAGACUCCAUCUGGAGACAAGCCAAAGGAGACUCCUUCCGGUGACAAGCCAUCUGGAGGCCAGCCAAAGGAGCCUGAGCAGCCAUCUGGCGACAAGCCAUCUGGUGAACAACCUUCUGGUGACAAGCCUUCUGGAGAUGCUCCUUCUGGAGACAAGCCUUCUGAGGAACAGCCAUCUGGAGAUGCUCCAUCUGGAGAUGCUCCUUCUGGUGACGCUCCUGAACAACCUUCUGGAGAGGCCCCAUCCGGUGGUGAAACCGUCGCAGGCGAGCCUCACCCUGGUGCUUCCACCUUGAACACUGUGGUUCCUGACGCCUCGGCUGCUCCAGAGGAGCCUCAGGCCGUUUCCACAUACGAGGCCGGCGCUUCGGUGGUGAAGUACGGCGCCCUGUGGCUCGUGUCGCUUGCCCUUCUUGCUGUGCUUUAG